AUGGCUGACCAUCAUAAAAAGUAUAAGGGACAGGUUCAUCUCCAUAUCUUUGAGGACUGGUGUGGCAGCUCUACAGCUCAGCUCCGCAAGAACCUGCACUACCCACUUUACCCACACUCUAGAACCACUGUAAAGAAGCUGGUUGUUUCUCCCAGAUGGACCAACUAUGGCCUCAGGAUCUUUGGCUAUCUCCACCCCUAUACUGACAGUGAGUUUGUGUUUGCGGUGAGCUCUGAUGAUAACUCUGAGUUCUGGCUGAGCCAGGAUGACUCUCCACUCAACCUGCAGCUACUGACCUGGAUCGGCGAGACUGGCAUGGAGUGGACGGCACCUGGUGAGUUUGGGAAGUACGCCAGUCAGACAUCCAGACCGGUUAGGCUGUCAGUUCAGAGGAUGUACUUCUUUGAGAUCGUCCAUAAACAGAACGACAGAGGAACAGACCACAUGGAGGUGGCGGUGGUAGUAUUACAUGAGUCCGCUAUGAGGAUCAGUGACGCCACUCACAUACCCCAAAUGGACGCCAGUCACACCCGCACGCCUAGCAACCAGCCUGACAACCAGCUGAGCAGCCAGCCUGUGACCGACAUGCGUUGAGUUGACCCACGGGACACCCUCUACCAGAUCCCUGCCCUAGACAGUAGGUACCUACAUGGUGUGUUACCUGACUGCUCCUAUAAACCAAGCUACAUCAUCAAAGGCUUCCCUCUACUGCGAUACCAGGGCCUGCAGUUUGUCCACAUGUCCUACAUCUACCCCAAUGACUACACACGGCUCACACAGAUGGAGACAGAAAACACCUGCUUCUACCACAACAGUCCCCUGGACCUGGACAGGUGA